CCCCUCUCUCCCCAAAGGUCCGCAGUCAUCCCCUGUACUGUGUCCGCAGUCUCUGGUCGUCUCCUGUACAGUGUCCGCAGUCUCUGGUCGUCUCCUGUACUGUGUCCGCAGUCUCUGGUCGUCUCCUGUACUGUGUCCGCAGUCUCUGGUCGUCUCUGGUCGUCUCCUGUACUGUGUCCGCAGUCUCUGGUCGUCUCCUGUACUGUGUCCGCAGUCUCUGGUCGUCUCCUGUACUGUGUCCGCAGUCUCUGGUCGUCUCCUGUACUGUGUCCGCAGUCUCUGGUCAUCUCCUGUACUGUGUCCGCAGUCUCUGGUCAUCUCCUGUACUGUGUCCGCAGUCUCUGGUCAUCUCCUGUACUGUGUCCGCAGUCUCUGGUCAUCUCCUGUACUGUGUCCGCAGUCUCUGGUCAUCUCCUGUACUGUGUCCGCAGUCUCUGGUCAUCUCCUGUACUGUGUCCGCAGUCUCUGGUCAUCUCCUCCUGUACUGUGUCCGCAGUCUCUGGUCAUCUCCUGUACUGUUUCCGCAGUCUCUGGUCAUCUCCUGUACUGUUUCCGCAGUCUCUGGUCAUCUCCUGUACUGUAUCCGCAGUCUCUGGUCGUCUCCUG